ACAGACAAACAAAUAAAAUUGGUCAGUAUACUCUUUGGAUCUACGCAAAUUCUACGUAUGAAAAUGUUAUUUCGUGUGGCAAAACAAAGCAUUUGCGUGCAAAGUAGAGCCCGCUCCACCAUAGCUGCUACCAAUAUCAAUGUCAAGGUCAACAAUGGUCAUAAUUUGAACGAUAAGAGCGCCCAAUUUGCAAAACAAAUGCAAACGGAAUGGAGAACAGCUCGUGAUUUUAAGGAAUUACCUGGACCAAGUCGUUGGCAAAUGUGGCGAGGUUUCCAAAAGAAUGGAGAAUACUAUCAUUUGGAUCUAUUUGAAUUGAUGUUGCAUUAUCGUCAAUUAUAUGGUGAUAUAUUCCUACUGCCUGGCCUUUUUGGUAUGCCCUCCAAUGUGGUGACGUUUAGUAUUGAUAGUUUUGAGAAAAUCUUUCGUACCGAAGGACAAUGGCCAGUGAGAACUGGUGCCGAUCCUGUGCUACAUUAUCGUGAGAAACGUAAAGAUGGCUUCUUUAAAGAUUGCAUGGGCCUUAUGGAUAACGGUGAACAAUGGGCUCGUCUACGCAGUGCUGUGAAUCCAAUUUUAAUGCAACAAAGGAAUACUGUUUUGUAUCUGGAACCAUUGCAGCGUGUGAAUCAACAAUUCAUUGAUAAUAUACGCAAAAUACGUGAUCCCAUAUCACUGGAAGUUCCCGGGACUUUUCAUAAUAAUAUUAAUCAUCUGACAUUUGAAUCUGUGGCUACAAUUGUCCUCGAUAAAGAUAUAGGUCUUAUACGAAACGCUGACGAAUCACCGGAUGCUAAAAAGCUUUUCGAUAAUAUCAGAAUAUUUAUGCGAUCCUUUUUUGAGCUGGGCAUGAAGCCAUCGUUAUAUAAGUAUAUAUCAACACCAACAUAUAGUCGUUUCAGUCAGGUCAUGGACGAAAUAUUUGAUAUCUGUUCCAUGUAUGUGAAUGAGGCUGUAAAACGUAUAGAGAAUACUCCAAAGGAUACACAAAAGGGUCAUCCAAGUAUGCUGGAACAAUUAUUGAAAAUUGAUCAUAAAUUUGCCAUUGUCAUGGCCAUGGAUAUGUUAAUGGGUGGCGUGGAUACAACAAGUUCGGCUAUUGCUGGAUUGCUAUUUAAUUUGGCUAAAAAUCCCGAAAAACAGCAGAAACUACGUGAUGAGAUAUUGGCAAAACUAUCGCAUCCAGAUCAACAAUUUACCAUGAACGAUAUGAAAUCCUUGCCAUAUUUACGAGCCUGUAUCAAGGAGUCGUUACGUCUAUAUCCCAUUGUGUUUGGUAAUUUGCGAGCAACUGGAGCGGAUGUUGUACUCGAUGGUUAUCGUAUACCAAAAGGCACAAGAAUCAUGAUGAACUCCAAUUUGCUUCUAACCGAAGAAUGUUACUAUCCACGGGCCAAGGAAUAUUUACCAGAACGCUGGCUACGCCGCCAAGAAGAUGACUUUACGAAAUCCCUUAUAGCCAAAGAUUUGAGUCCUUUCAUCUAUUUACCAUUUGGUUUUGGUCCACGCAUGUGUGCCGGCAAGCGUAUUGUUGAAAUGGAAAUGGAAUUAACUGUGGCCAAUUUGGUUAGAAAUUUCUAUAUUGAAUACAAUUAUUCAACAGAAAAUGCAUUUAAAUGUCAAUGGGUAAAUAUGCCUGUUUUGCCAUUGAAUUUUAAAUUUACAGACGUCAAAUAUUAACAAAUAUUAUCUAAGCUAAAAUGCAAUCUAAAU